AUGAAUCCAAGUGCUAAAGAAUUUGUUCCACAUCGUACAGUUUCAUAUAAUAUACCGACAAACCACCUAUCACAAAAACAGCAAAAUAUAUUUACUGAAAUUAUGAGGGAAUGGACAAACACACCAAUCUUAGACGACUUAUUAUCAAAAUGGGAAAAAAGGAGUAAGAUAACUAACAAUAUGAUGCAGAUGGCAAGUGAACUAAAAAUAAUGUUACUCAACGUGAGCAGUCUAUCAUUGUACUUGGCGGACAUUUUUCUUCUACUAGACAACGUUUCGUGUCCUAUUGUUGUUCUGAAUGGAACACAUCAUACAGAGGCAGCUGCCAAAAGUUUUUCCAAACACUUCAACAAUUAUAAUAUUUAUUCUCAAGAGGGAACAAACAGUUUCGGCGUAGUAUUAAUUGCAGUACAUCGCUCCAUUCCAGUUCAACAAGUUGACGUUUUCAAGAAAGUGCCAAAUAUCAUCGCUCUAGAUAUAGGCAGCUCACAUGAUAAAUUCCAACUCGCAACAUGCUAUUCACCCCCAAAUGAAAAACUACCGAUUGCUCUUUUCAAUCAAAUCAUGAAAAGAAAUAAAAAUACUAUUCUCCUUGGUGAUCUCAAUGCGAAACACCAAUCUUGGUCCAGGUCGAAUGAAAAUCAAAAAGGUCAUGUUCUUUUUGAUUGGCUACUAACCAAGUCAAUGACAGUUGUUAAUAAAUAUGUUGCAACAUCUACUCGUUCUAACGCAACAAUUGAUCUAAUUUUGGCACCAGCACAAAUGACUGGAAUAAAAACUUCUUUUUCUGUCUUGCCAUCAAUGGGUAGUGAUCACCUUCCGGUCAUCUGGAUACCUGAUAUUAAACUGGUUAAAAAAGAUUGUCAAUAUCCUAUCAAACGUACAUACUGGCAGUUAUUCGAAAUGUUCUUAACGUUCACUUUUUCUUAUUGGAAAGACCUGUCAACAAUGAUGAAAGAUAGUGUACAGUUCUUUCAUACUUAUGAGAGAUAUUUGUCACUGGUUGCAGCAAGACUCACUUAUGUGACUUAUUGCACGUCUUAUAGACCAACGCUUCCUCCGCACAUAGUGCAAUUAAUUAUGCAAAAGAGUGAGUACUUACGUCUGGUAAGAAAAACAAAACAUCCUAUUUUUAUAACGCAACUAAAAACAUAUUCGACUACAAUAAAGAGAGAAUUGAUCGCCUACCGAAGAUUAACAUGGAUCGAGUAUUGCAAAACGUUCAACAAAUGUGAUGUAAAACAGUUUUGGAAAAAGGCACAAAGACACUUUUCGACGACGUCUUCACCUAUCCAAGGUUUUCUGAUGCCAAAUGGCAAUGUAGUAUCAUCAACAAGCGAAAUGUGUGAUGUCGCUAAGUCGUUCUAUCAAGAACAGUUUUCGGAACACAAAAGUACGUCAUCCACAAUUGAAAUAGAAGCAGAAAACGUUGAUAGUAUUUUGAGGAUUCGCAUGAGCGACAAUAUACCAACAGCUUUUCCGAUUGAAAUAAAGGAUAUUAGAAGAACAAUCGCGUCUCUAAAGAACAAGAAUUCGACUGGCUUAGACGGCGUUUCAAAUAAGAUUAUCAAAUUAUUACCACCGUCUCAUCAAUCAAUCAUAUGUACCUCUUUUAAGUCAUUUGCAUCACAACUGAUUUUUCCACCGCAUUGGAAAGUAGCAAAAAUGAUUCUACUUCCUAAAACCAAAUCAAAUAUUGUAAAAGUAGAGGAGACACGCCCUAUUUCACUGCUUCCAUGCUUCUCCAAACUAUAUGAAAAGAUUUUUCUCGUACAAUUUCGAAAAUGGGUAAACGACGCGGGUAUUCUGCCGGAGGAGCAAACAGGAUUUAGACCUGGUCACAAUAUGACAGUACGUCUGGUCUCAAUUAUAGAUCAAAUAGGCCAAUGUCUGGCCUUAAAUACAGCAGCAGCUGCUUUAUUCGUAGACUUCAAAGCUGCAUUUAACCAACUGUGGUACCAAGGACUUUGGCUCAAACUGCACAAAAUGGAUUGUCCAACAUAUCUAGUAGGCUGGUUGAGGAGUUAUUUAUCGGGACGUUCUGCGUAUAUUGAUAUGAAGGAGGCUAGAUCUAGUGCGUUCAACUUAUAUAAAGGGGUGCCACAAGGCUCAUGUGUUGGCCCAGUAAUUUUUAUUGUGUAUCAUCACGAUCUAUUGAACUGUAUGUCACUAUUACACUGGAAACACCUAUUCGCUGACGACCUAUCUGUCAUAAUCGCCCCAUCUGCUACAUGGCCGACAAAAACUUUGAUUCCUAAUCUCUUGGAGAGGUUAAAAGUUGUUAUUGCUUCUUUAAUAACUUAA